AUGUCUGGCAUCCGUUCGCUCACAAGAACCGUGGACUUGGCCGCCGCGAGGGCCGUGGCCUUCACUGCUCCCCGCGCCUCGAUUGGCUCCACAGUAUUGCGGAGGGAGCUCUCUUCCGCGGUGCGGGCAGCUCCCCGCAAGCCGUCGGCCAGAAUUACAUCGCGGGCUGCAGUGCCUCAAUUGAGGUCGCAACCCGCUCGCUAUGCCUCCAGCUCCAGCGAGCCGCUGGCAAAGACGCAAUUGUAUGACUUGCACGAGGCGCACGGUGCCAAAAUGGUGCCUUUUGCGGGAUACUCAAUGCCGCUCCAGUAUGCCGAUUUGAGCCAUGUCGAGAGUCACAAGUGGACGCGCGAGAAGGCCAGUUUGUUUGAUGUGAGCCACAUGGUCCAGCACUCACUCAGCGGUCCCGGUGCCCUGCCGCUGCUGAUGAAAGUCACUCCAUCGUCGCUUGACAAGCUCAGCCCCAACACUUCGACUUUGUCAUGUCUCUUGGAAAAAGAGACUGGUGGGAUCAUUGAUGACACGGUGAUCACCCGGCGCGGCAAAGAGUCCUUCUAUUUUGUUACCAAUGCCGGUCGUCGGGCUGAGGAUCUGGAGUUCCUCCAAGGCGAAAUUGAGGCCUAUCGCUUGCAGCACGGCGCAGACAGCAUCAAAUGGGAUAUUCUUGAAGACCGCGCACUGGUUGCGUUGCAGGGUCCACUUGCUGCCAACGCUCUCCAGCCUCUGAUCAACACCUCUGUCUCGACCGAGGAUACAGAUCUCAGCACCCUUUAUUUCGGCCAGUGCCGCGAACUUUUCGUCACCUUGGCCGAUGGCUCAGUAUCUCCCUUGCCGCUGUUGAUCACCCGCACUGGCUACACCGGUGAAGACGGAUUCGAGAUUUCUAUUCCCUCGGCCGGGGCUACUGAUCUCCCCCACCAAGUCGUCAACCUUCUUUUGAAGGACAGCAACACGGUCCGUUUGGCCGGUCUCGCUGCCCGCGACUCUCUUCGCCUCGAAGCUGGCAUGUGUCUCUAUGGCCACGACAUUACCACUGCUCAGACACCUCCCGACGCUGCCCUGGGCUGGGUCGUCGGUCGUGAUCGCCGGGACCCAGCUACCGCGACCUUCAACGGUGCCUCUGUCAUUCUCUCUCAGCUGGCCAGUCCCAAGACCCUCAAGCAGCGCCGAGUUGGUCUGACUGUGGAGAAAGGCUCACCCGCCCGCGAGGGUGCUGUGGUCGUUGAUCUGGCGGAUCCUGCAAACCCCGUUGAGAUUGGUGUGGUUACUUCGGGUCUGCCCAGCCCCACGCUAGGUGGAAUUAACAUUGCCAUGGCGUACGUCAAGAACGGGUUCCACAAGAAAGGCACCGAACUCGGCGUCAAAGUCCGCAAUAAGGUCCGCAAGGCCACGGUUACGGGUAUGCCUUGGAUUGAGAGCAAGUUCCACCGCCCAGCGUGA